AGGGAGCAGCAGGAAUGGCCACGGGGACGGUUCUGAUCACGGGAGGAGGCGGUUACUUUGGCUUCCGUUUAGGCUGUGCCGUGUAUGAGAAGGGAGUUGAUGUGAUUCUGUUUGAUGUCGUGGAGCCAACGCAGGCCGUGCCGGAGGGAGUGAAGUUUGUGCAGGGGGACGUCCGUCGUCGCUCUGAAGUGGAAGAGGCUCUCAGAGAUGUAACCUGCGUGUUCCACAUCGCGUCCUAUGGGAUGUCUGGCAGGGAGCAGCUGAACCGAAAACUCAUAGAAGAUGUGAAUGUGAAAGGCACGGAAAAUGUCAUCCAAGCCUGCAAGACCAUGGGAGUGUCAAGUCUGGUUUAUACAAGUACAUACAAUGUGAUAUUUGGGGGCCAGAUCAUAGAGAAUGGGAAUGAGUCUCUGCCUUACCUCCCUCUCCAUCUUCAUCCAGAUCACUACUCCCGGACCAAAGCUUUAGCUGAAAUGAAGGUGCUGGAGGCAAAUGGUGCUGAGCUUAGGAAUGGGAAAGGUGUGUUAAGGACUUGUGCUCUCCGACCAGCAGGCAUCUACGGGCCUGGAGAGCAAAGACACCUUCCAAGAAUAGUUAGUUACAUCGAAAGGGGUCUGUUUAAGUUUGUAUAUGGAGAUCCUCAUAGUUUAGUAGAAUUCGUACACGUGGAUAAUCUGGUUCAGGCUCAUAUCCUUGCAUCAGAGGCCCUCAAAGCCAGCAAAGGACACGUAGCAGCCGGCCAAGCCUAUUUUAUUUCAGAUGGCAGGCCAGUAAAUAACUUUGAAUUUUUCCGACCUUUGGUAGAAGGCUUGGGUUACAAAUUUCCAACCUUUCGUCUUCCUCUCUCCCUUGUCUAUUUUUUUGCCUUCCUCACUGAAACAGCUCAUUUUCUUAUAGGUCAUGUUUAUAAUUUUCAACCUCUCCUUACUCGUACAGAAGUUUACAAAACUGGUGUCACACACUAUUUCAGCAUGGAGAAGGCCAGCAAGGAGCUGGGGUAUAAGCCUCAGCAGUUUAACCUAAACGAAGUAAUUGAGUGGUUUCGAUCUCGGGGAUGUGGAGCAAAGCCAAGGCCGUACACCAGGAACUGCCUUCUUAGGGAUGGAGGGUUGGUCUUGCUCCUGAUUGCUCUUUUGGUCUCAUGGUUUCCAUGUGCAGUUACAUUUUCACUCUGAAAGGUCAAACACUUCAGUAUUUCAGCAGGACAGAACUUAGUUAUGUUGAGUUUUCGUGGUUUUGACAAAUAAAAGAUGAGGGAUUCAGGAAACUCUCUUUACUGCUUCUUUCCUUAAAGAAUAGAACUGCUGAGUAAAAAAGGUGGUAUUUUUAUACAUACUUGUUCAAAGUAAAACUGAUCAGACCAUCACACCAACGGGAAAGUUCAGCACAACUGCAAAUGUCUUUUUACCUUCAGGUGCAGUGUAUGGAACACAUGACCCUUCUUCCUCACUGGUGACAUUAUAGUUUUCAUUUCUGUUAAAUUUGUGCCUGGACAAGAA